CUGUUCAUCUUGGACGGCCUGGAUGAAAGCAGACUUUCUCUGGACUUCAGCAGCAGCCAGCGGCUGCUUGACGUCUCCCAGCAGUCUUCAGUCAGCCUGCUGCUCACUAACCUCAUCCGGGGGGAUCUGCUGCCCUCGGCUCGGGUCUGGAUCACUUCCCGACCGGCGGCGGCCCAUCAGAUCCCUCCAACAUGUGUGGACAGACUGACAGAAGUGCGAGGCUUCACUGACGCCCAGAAGGAGGAGUACUUCAGGAGGAGGCUGAGUGAUGAGGAGCUGAGCAGCAGAAUCAUCUCCCACAUCCAGACGUCCAGGAGCCUCCACAUCAUGUGUGGAAUCCCACUCUUCUGCUGGAUCACUGCUACAGUUCUGGAGCACAUGUUGAGCAGCGAGCAGAGAGGAGAGCUGCCCCAGACCCUGACUGACAUGUACUCCCACUUUGUGCUGGUUCAGACACACAGGAAGAAGCUCAAGUACCAUGAAGGACCUGAGACGGGUCCACAGGAGCUGACGGAGGCUGACAGGGAGCUUCUUCUGAAGCUGGGCAGGAUGGCCUUGGAACAUCUGGAGAAAGGAAACAUGGUGUUCUACCAAGAAGACCUGGAGCAGUGUGGUCUGGAUGUGACUGAGGCCUCGCUGUUCUCUGGAAUCUGUACUCAGAUCUUCAAAAGAGAGUCUGUGAUCUUCCAGAAAGUCGUCUACAGCUUCAUUCAUCUGAGUGUUCAGGAGUUUCUGGCUGCAGUCUUCUUGUUCCACUGUUUCACCAACAGGAAGACAGACGUACUGAGGACCUUCAUCGGAGAAGAAGCUGCUGCUGAUGCUUUCCAGUCUCUGGACAAUGUCCUGAAGAAGGUCCUUCAGAAAUCCCUCAGAAGUCAGAACGGUCACCUGGACCUGUUUGUCCGCUUCCUUCAUGGCCUCUCUCUGGAAUCCAACCAGAGACUCUUGGACGGUCUGCUGGGUCGGACAGAGAUCAGUCUAGAAACCAUCCAGAGAGUCAUCCAGAAUCUGAAGGAGAUCAGGAGUCAGAAAAUGUCUCCUGACAGAUGCAUCAACAUCUUCCACUGUCUGACGGAGAUGAAGGACCUCUCAGUACAUCAGGAGAUCCAAGAGUUCCUGAAGUCGGAGAACAGAUUAGAGAAGGAACUCUCUAUGAUCCACUGCUCAGCUCUGGCCUACAUGCUGCAGAUGUCAGACCAGGUCCUGGAGGAGUUGGACCUGAAGAAGUACAACACAUCAUGGGAGGGACGACGGAGACUGAUCCCAGCUGUGAGGAACUGCAGAAAGGCUGUACUUCUUUUCAAACAACUCUCUGAUUCUGAGUGUGAAGUGAUCUCCUCAGCUCUGAAAUCUGACCCCUCCCAUCUGAAACAUCUGAACCUGAGUGGCAACAAUCUGGAGGAUUCAUCAGUGGAGAUGCUGUGUUCUGGACUGGGGAGUCCAAACAGUAAACUGGAGACUCUGAGGUUGGAGAACUGCAGGAUGUCAGAGAUCAGCUGUUCUUCUCUGGCCUCAGCUCUGAAGUCCAACCCCUCCCUCCAGAAACAUCUGGAAUAUCUGGACCUGAGUGGGAACCGUAUGUGGGAUUCAACAGUUGAGCAGCGAUGUGAUUUUCUGGAGAGUCCACUCUGUGAUCUGCAGACUCUGAGGUUGGAGAGCGGCUGUAUGUCAGACGUCAGCUGUUCUGUGGCCUCAGCUCUGAAGUCCAACCCCUCCCUCCUGAAACAUCUGGAACAUCUGGACCUGAGUGAGAACCUUCUGCAGGGUUCAGGAGUUGAGCAGCUCUCCAACUUCAACAAGCCAAAAUGGCUACCUCAAGCCUCAUUUCCGCUGUCGGUGGACGGUAAAGGUUGUUCCUGA